AUGACAGACUCGACGGAUAUUGCGGCAGAACUUGCGCAUGAGGGGGUGCCCUCGUCGGUGGUCGAUGUUGUUGUGGCCAUUGCAGAGGCGUGCAGCGAGAUAGCCAUUAACCUCCGCACAGAUACUGUGAAGGCAGCACAGAUGAAUAAUAGUUUUGGCGACGAAGUUCUUUCGGUGGAUGUUAUGGCGGAAAAACACAUCUCAUCCUGCCUCCAUAGUUGUCGCCAGGUUGUGGCAUUUGUCUCGGAGGAGCAACUGACACUCACGUCCACGCCGCAUGCAGGGCGAGGCCUGUAUACGGUCUCGUAUGACCCCCUGGAUGGCAGCAGCGUCAUCGCGACUAAUUUUUCUGUUGGCUCGAUCUUUGCUGUGUGGCCUGGUGCCACACCGAUUGGGUUGCAUGUGCGGGACAUGGUGGCGAGUGUUGUGACAGUGUACGGCCCGCGGACUGUGAUGUUUGUGUCGUUGCGUCACUUACCUGUGAUGGAGUUCUAUUGCGAUGGACACUGCUGGUUACGUCUGCGACAUGAAGCUGCGCGCACUCUGAAGCCUAAGGCGACUUUGUUUGCACCCGGAAACCUUCGAGCGACUAUGUACCUUCCGUGGUAUAAGGACCUUGUUGCAUCGUACAUGAACAGUGGGGCGACGCUGCGCUACACAGGGGGAAUGGUGGCCGAUGUGUGCCAAAUCGUUGUCAAGGGCGACGGCAUUUACAUGACACCGGAGAGCCCACACCACAAGGUAAAGCUCCGGCUUCUUUUUGAGGGUGCACCAAUGGCGUUUCUCAUGGAGUGCGCGGGCGGAAGAUCAACGACGGGCACGAUGAAUAUGAUGGAUGUGUGUGUGACGGAGAUGGAGCAGAGGUCACCCAUCGCGCUUGGUUGCCGGUGGGACGUGGACCGCUACGAGUCCAUGUGCAGCGCAUACAAAAAACAUAGUCAUGAGAGUGCUAGCAGGCUCUAA